AUGUUCCUCAUCGGCGUGGAUGAAGAGAUAUCUAGUGGUUCUAUAAGUGUGGAAUCGAAUAAAGAAAAGAAUGAGGAUGAAAUGGAGGAAACAAGAAAUAGAGACGACAAAAUAAAGCAGCCUACCAUUGGAAUGUUGUUUGAUACAAUUGAUGAGAUUGUAGAAUACUAUAUGACAUAUGGGAAGGAAAUGAGUUUUCCCCCAAAGCUGCUUCUUGGUCAAAUUUCCACAUGCAACGCAAGAAUCGCAGUGGGCGUGGAUGAAGAGAUAUCUAGUGGUUCUAUAAGUGUGGAAUCGAAUAAAGAAAAGAAUGAGGAUGAAAUGGAGGAAACAAGAAAUAGAGACGACAAAAUAAAGCAGCCUACCAUUGGAAUGUUGUUUGAUACAAUUGAUGAGAUUGUAGAAUACUAUACGACAUAUGGGAAGGAAAUGAGUUUUCCCGUGUCUAAAAGAACAUCUUUAAAAGGGGAUGAUGGAGAAAUAAAGUAUGUAGCGGUUGCUUGUUCUCACAAUGGAAAGUCAUUGUCGAAGAACAGGUCAAUGAGACCAAUUCAACCGGAGAAGACUCCUCUGUUUAAGUAG